GGCAUUUAAAUGGGAGAUCCUGAGAUGCCCGACACUUGGUGCGCCCUUCGCGGACCUGGAAACCCAGCGCACCGCGGUAGCAUCACUCUCCGUCGUUCCUCCGGCGCCGAGCAGAAGUGGCUCGGGCCGUGGUCGCACGCAGGGCCACGAGUCCACAGAGAAGGACCUGGAGACCCACCGCACUGACAGAAUGAACCGCACCGCCUAUACUGUGGGAGCUUUGCUUCUCCUCUUGGGGACCUUGCUACCGGCAGCAGAAGGGAAAAAGAAAGGGUCCCAAGGAGCCAUCCCGCCUCCAGACAAGGCUCAGCAUAAUGACUCCGAGCAGACCCAGUCCCCACCACAGCCUGGCUCCAGGACCCGGGGGCGGGGCCAAGGGCGGGGUACUGCCAUGCCAGGAGAGGAGGUGCUGGAGUCCAGCCAAGAGGCCCUGCACGUGACAGAGCGCAAGUACCUGAAGCGAGAUUGGUGCAAAACUCAGCCCCUGAAGCAGACCAUCCACGAGGAGGGCUGCAACAGCCGCACUAUCAUCAACCGCUUCUGCUAUGGCCAGUGCAAUUCCUUCUACAUCCCCAGACACAUCAGGAAGGAGGAAGGCUCCUUUCAGUCUUGCUCCUUCUGCAAACCCAAGAAAUUCACCACCAUGAUGGUCACUCUCAACUGUCCUGAGCUACAGCCACCCACCAAGAAGAAACGGGUCACACGCGUGAAGCAGUGUCGCUGCAUAUCCAUCGAUUUGGAUUAAGCCAAAGCAGGCACAUCCAGCCUGUCAUAGCCAUGCCGAGAGCCACACCUAAACCACCCGAUUCCUACUUGGCUUAAACCUAGAGGUCAGAAGAACCAGCAGUUGCUUCCCGACUGGAGGCUGCUUAUGCAUAGUGUAUGCGCAUGAGUGUGCAUGGGUGUUGUGUGUGUUUCCAAACACCAGCGGAAACAACCUCUGCUAGAAGGCACUUCCUGUUACUCUGCUUCAGACGGUCGGAAACGCCCACACCACCGGACCCAAACCCACAGGGGCAGGGCUGUAGAUGGCUUUGCCUCUGUGUUCCAUGCGCCCUCCUGGGCACCAGGACUUCACUUGAGAAUGAAUACUAACGAAGAGGUAACUCCGAGGGCUGCAUUAGACUUGGAACCAUUCAGUGCUUGCCCUUUUCUUCCACAACCUAUCCCUUUCUUUGCUCUCCCUGAUAUCUCAGCCUUAGCCCAUAUCCCUAAAUUAAUGCAUUUGAUCGUGGGUGUAAAUGUUUUCCAACCUGUGAUGAACCUCCAGAAUGUGGGGAGACGGUGAUGGAGGACAAACAAGAUGGAGGAUGGACACAGGACCGUUGAUCAAGGCUGAGCACCAGUUUGGGACACUGAAAUUCAGUAUUAUGAUGUCCAGAGUUUGAAAGCUGUUCUCCAAAAACAGUGUGAGCCUUACUUCGUGAAAGGCUUUUCCUGAUAUUUAAAAGAACCCAGAUACACGGAGGUGAAAUAUAACCACAGACACACACACACACACACACACACACACACACACACACCCAAACCCCAAUUUUCUGUGUCUGUCUCUGUAAUCUCCUGGCAUUAACUGUAACCCAAAGUUAAAAGUGAAAAAUUGACCACUCCUGUUUUAAGAACAAAGCAAGCGAAACAGAAAGAAACAUGGCCUCCCAUUUUACUUUGCCUCUCAGGGGGACAAAUGAGAGUCUUGCACACUGGGAUAGGAAAAGACAAAAAACCUCCUUAGCUUGGUUUUGUUGGACUAACAUUGCUUUUCUGUUAUUCCUGCAAAAUGCUUCUGAGAUGCACAACACUGUGCUAAAAAUCCUGCCUUUGCUGAACACAUGUGCCAAAAAGGAGUUGUCUAAGAUGAGAGAGCUACCUGCCCCUUUCCAGUUAGACAUGAAUGGCGGCUUUUCUGUUUUUAGGAAAGGACCAGAAAGGGGGCAGAAUCAAAGGGAUUGUGGCCAGCUAGGUAGCGUCUGGAGGAGAGCUAACAGCUGAGACUGCUUCUAGAAGGUCUAUGAGAAAGUUUCAUUAGGACAGCAGAGCGUUAGGUAUAUUAACAGGCUAUCUAUUCCCAGUGGGUCAAUUCUGCAUUGUAAUCAUUAUGUCUCCCAUGGAUGUUCUUUGAAUACAUCUGGGCUCUCCAAAUGCCUACUUAGCACUUAUGUUAGGGCCAAAAUGAAAGGUAGCCUUGAUCCAUUUUGGCCUGGCAAAGCAACACUUCUUAAGAUUGAGUGAGAUUCUAGCUAUAAAUGCCCCUUUUUGUCUUUUCCUCUCAGAGUCACUAGUUAAGUUAUGUGUCAUUUGGAAUGUGUCAUUCACUGCCCAUCAAAGCUGCCACAGUCAAAGAAACAUUGGAUGUAAAGAAACUAUUUUGGUCUAGCUCCCUCCCAUGUGGCAUCUAAAUGGAAACCAUGCUGUAAGGCAACAACCUUCUUGAAUCCCCAAAACACUGGGUCUCAUUUUGAAAGUUGACAAGUCGCUGCUGCUGAUUCCAUAGUCGAUGAGUGUGUGCAAGCCGAGUGUGUGUGCUUCAUUGGUACUGUAUGUGCCUUCCAUGAAUCUUUCUGUCAUCCACACGCACCACCCACAGGAUGGAUGCCAUUUGAGCCUACAAAUGCGAAAGCGAAGUUUUGAGGGAAGUGAAGAACGAAAACUAAAAGAGGAAGAAACUAACAUUUAAAACCACACCAGAGAAGAAAGGUGACACUCAGAGCUAAGAAACACCGAGAGUCUUAAUUCUGCCACAAGCAUGCACUAUUGUUAUAAAGUAAGUUAGGUUGGCGGCCACAGUCACCUUCCAGGUGCUUAGACGAUAGUCUCUCACGUAAGUUGGAUUUGGUUCACGUGAAGAGGAUUGCCUCAAAAUGAACUUCAUCGGAACAAUCAGCUUCAUAAGUAGCCAUAAAGCACAUCAUUGACCAAAGAGGGAAAUGCCUGCCUUCCUCACCAUGCCUAGACCAAGACCCUCACAAAUUCAUGCCCUUCAUCACGUAUCAGAGAUGCUCUGUCUGUGGCUGAGUUUGGACUCAUCAGUGACAUGCUGAUGUGUAUUUUCUCCAACACUGUAGUGAAACUGUUUUAUGGUAAGAUAGUUGUGAUCUCGAUCCUACCUAUUAAAAUAAUGCCAGAUACCAAAUACAAAUCUUAUGGGGUUCUCUUUGUGCUUGGUACUGAAAGAGGGAAACCACACACCUUGUAAGUCUGAGUGCUUCUUUGCAACUAUCCUUUUCACAGCUCAAAG